AUGGAUCCUACAGCCGUAAAUAAUUAUCCGGUUUUUUAUGUUAAAAAUAAAGAUUUUUCAAAGGUAGAUAAUGAACAUAUAAGAUGUAGCUUAAAAAGAUUUGAAGAAUAUAUACAUGAGUGCUUCAGUAUAUUGCCAUAUAAUAAAAUCAAAAUACAAAAUGAAGAAAAAAUAAUACUUCAACAGUUUUGUGAUGUCCUUGUUUUUAAUCAAUGUGAACAAAUAAUAUGUGCUAUUAUUGAAAAAGAGUGUAAUGAAAAAACAAAAAUAUUUUUCCAAGAAUUAGAGAUAAGAAUUAAAAAUGAUGAAUUUAAAAAUGUUGAAUUUAAAAAUAAUGAAUUUAAAAAUGAUGAAUUUAAAAAUGAUGAAUAUAAAAAUAGAGAAGAAAAGUUUUUAAAAUUAUUUGUAUCCAUAUGGAAUAAUUUUUCUUUAGUACUUAAUCACAUAUCUGAUAUAUUACAAUCUUUUAUUGCUUAUAGCAAAAAUAUGUGUUGUAAUUUUUUCGAACCCUCCCAAAUUUUUAAUUAUAUAUGGAAAAAAUAUAUUAAUGAAUAUGUUAUAAUAAAAGAUAUGUUUAUAUCAUGUAUAUGUAAUUAUUUAACUUAUGAUAAAUUAUAUUGUGAAAAAUAUAUUUAUGAAUAUUUAUCUGUUAACAUUUGUAAGAAAUAUGGAAGAAAAAGAUAUGACUUUAAAAAAAAACAAAUCAUUCAUAUUGAACGUUUACAGAGAAUUCAGAAGAAUUAUCAAUUAAAUAAUGAAACAGCAAACAAACAAACAAACAGAAUAAGUGAAAAGAAUCAUAUAAGUAUAAAGGAUGAUUCACCAGAGAAUAUCAAUAAUAAAAUAAAAAAGGAAGAAUAUAUACAAAUGGGUGAUAAUAAUAAUAAUAAUAUUUUUAAUAGUGAUGAUAAUAAUAAUAAUAAUAUUUUUAAUAGUGAUGAUAGUUAUAAUUGUAAUGCUUCUAUUUGUGAUACAAAGAAAAAAUAUAGAAAUAGCAAAAAAAAAAAAAAUAUUAACGAUAAAGUUCUAUCCUUAAGUAUACAAAUUAUCGAUAUGCUAAAUUUAUAUGAAGAUUUCGAAGGUAUUUAUAAAAACGAAACUUAUACAUUUUAUAAAGAAAGAAUUGAGAAAUAUAAAAAAGAUAUUGAAACUUUAGGUUAUGAAAAUUGUAAGUUUGAUUUCCCAAUAAUUGUCGAAAAUUAUUUAUGUCAUGAACAAAUAAGAAGUCAAAAAUUUUUAAAAGAACAUACAGAAAUAAGUAUUUUAAAUAUGUUAAAAGAUCUUUUAUUAGUUAAAAAUAAAGAUAUUUUAUUUAACGAUUGUUAUAUUAAAUAUUGUAUAAUUAAUGAAAAAUAUGAACCAUUAAGAUCUAUAUAUUUAUAUUCUCUAAAUUUAGAUAAUUUAGAAAAAUUUUCUAAUAUAUUUUUUAAUGUAGUAGAUAAUAUUGGAACAGAAUUAAUUAAUAAUGUUAUAAAUAAAAGAAAUGAUUCAAGUUUAUUAAAUAAUGCUAUUGUCAAAUUAACCAACUUUAAAUUAAAUGUAGAUAGAAUUAUUAUUAUGUCUUUUACAUAUUCUUCUUAUUUUAUGAAAAAAUGGAGAGAAAGUUUUGAACAUUUUAUAAAUAAAGGUAUACAAGCAGAAACAUAUAUGCCAAUUAUACUGAGUAUUUAUCUUAAUAAUUUAUUAACAAUGUAUAAUGCAUGCUUAAGAAAACUAAAAAAAUAUUAUAUACUAAAUAGAAAAAUUAAAAAUAAACGAAGCCUAUUCAAUAAUCUACUUUUUGAGGUUGAUUGGAAUAAUUAUUGCACACAACCAAUAACAGAAACAGUUGACUUUUAUGAUAUAUCAACUGAUAGUGAUAAUAUGCUAGGAAUAAAAAAAUAUUUACGAAAAAAAAUAAAAAAUAAAAGAAAAAACAUAAAUUGUGAUACUGCGGGUGAUUAUAUGAAAAUGAAACAAAUGGACAACAAUAUGUAUAAUAAUAAUAAUAAUUUAUAUGUUAAUAAUGAUUUGCAUAAAAAUUUGUAUCAUGACAAUUUGAAUAUAAACAAACGCAAUAAUGAAGCUAUAUACUUUUAUCUUUUUAAAAUAAAUAAAUUAUUUAAAAAAUAUCAUGUUAUAGGGAAAUAUAUUAUGAAUAUGAUAACCGUUAUUCUUAGUCUUUUUAGAUAUGUAAGUGAUAAAGAAAAAUUUGAAAAAUAUUAUCGAACAUAUAUGUGUAAAAGAUUAAUAAACGAUGCAAGUUUCAAUAUUGUUUUAGAUGUUAAAGUUUUUAAAACACUCAAAAAAGAAUGUGGAGCACAAUUUACCAAAAAAAUAGAAAUCAUUUUAAAAGAUAUGAAGUUUACAUCUAAAGCUUUAAUGAAAUUUUAUAAAGAUCUACCAAAAAAUGUCAACUACUUUUUAAAAAGGAAAAAAUAUGCAGUUAAUAUUAUUUUUAAUGAAUCAUGGGAAUAUGUAAAUACAGAAAAUAAUGUAAUAUAUCCUCAAAUGAUAAAAAUGUGUAAUGAUGCUUUUCUUUUAUUUUAUAAGAAGUAUAAUAAAUCCAAAAAUAUUAAAUUCUUACCUCUAUUAGGGUUAUGUACUCUUAGGAUGUAUUUUAAAAAUAUGAAGGAAGGAGGUUCAUUUAAUUUGGAAAAUGAUCAUGUUGAAACGGACAAAAGGGGCGAUAAUAAUAAUGAAAAAUGGGACGAUAAUAAUAAUAAAUGUAGUGAUGAUGAUAAUAAUAAAUGUAUUGAUGAUGAUAAUCAAAAAUGUAGUGAUGAUGAUGAUCUUAAGAAUGAAGACAAUUCCAGUAGUUAUAACAAGAAAGCGAAAAAAAAAAUUUAUAUUACAGUUACCAUAUUACAAGCACUGGUUUUGUUAUUAUUCAAUAAAAAAAAUGAAUUUCAUAUUAACGAAAUAAAAGAAUUAACAGGAAUAUCAAAUGAAAAUAUAAUACGAUAUCUAAAAUCCAUAUAUACGGAAGGCGAAACACAUAUUUUAAUUUAUGAUAAAGAAAAGGAAACAUUAAAAUUAAAUUUCGCAUUUCGUUCAAUGAAACAAUUUCUUACUGUUAAUUAUAAUGAUUCAUUAUAUAAAGACGAUAUGGGAACAACUAAUUCAUUAUCACAAGAAGACAAUGAAAUAGAAGAUAAAAGUUUACACAUAGAUGCAGCUAUUGUCAAAUUUUUAAAAAAUAAUGGAAAAUCAUCAGAAAGAAAAAUAUGCUCUUUUGUUAAAGAUCAAAUGGAUACCGUAUCGAAUGAACAAAUUAAAAAUAGAAUAAGUUCACUAUUAAGUAGAGAGUUUAUAUUUUUCAAAAAUAAUAAUUAUCAUUAUGAAUUGUAA